GGAAGCCCCGCCCAGCUGUCUGCUGCCCUCCUGCUCUUUGCAGUUUGCUGUCUCAGUGUCGCUGUCCCUCACCAGUCGUUCACGCGCCAUCCGCUGUCACUAUGGCGACCCGGGCCUCAAACCGGCCAUACCACAUAGUGGUCUUCGGGGCUUCUGGCUUUACAGGGCAGUUCGUUGUGGAGGAAGUGGCCCGGGCUGCUGACGGGGAAGACUACAGGGGCCAAGAGCUCCGCUGGGCUGUAGCUGGCCGGAGCCAGAAGAAGCUGGAGGAGGUGCUGAGCUGGGCGGCCGAGAGACUGGGAAAGCCUCAGCUGAAGUCCAUUGACAUUAUAAUCUGCGACAUUAGUGACAUCCCCUCCCUCGAUGACAUGUGUAAGAAGGCCUCCGUUGUUCUCGACUGUGUGGGUCCAUACAGAUUUUACGGUGAACCUGUGGUAAAGGCCUGCGUUGAGAAUGGAGCGCACUUUGUUGAUAUCAGUGGAGAACCCCAGUUUCUUGAGUCAAUCUACAUGAAGUAUGACAGGCAGGCAGCAGACAAUGGGGUGUAUGUUGUUGGAAGCAGUGGAUUUGACUCGAUUCCUGCUGAUCUAGGGGUUUUAUUCACCAGGAACAGCAUACAAGGAACCCUUGCAGCUGUAGAGAGUUUUUUGUCUUUCAAGUCUGGAACAGAGGGUACUUGUAUUCAUGAUGGCACCUGGCAGUCUGCCAUUCAUGGAGUCGCAGAUCAGGGAAAUCUGAAGAACCUAAGAAAGAAAUUAGCCUUCAAGCCAAUUCCUGUUAUUGGUAAAAAGUUAAAAAGAAGGGGUGCAGUAUUUUACAGUAAUGAGAUACAGCAGUAUGCCAUUCCUUUUCUUGGGGCAGAUCCUUCUGUUGUCAAGAGGACCCAACGUUAUCUCCAUGAGAAUAUGCAGGAGACUCCUGUUCAGUAUUCUGCCUAUGUAGCAGUGGGUGGUAUCGCAUCUGUUAUCCGGUUGAUGUUUGCAGGGUUCCUCUUUUUGCUAUUCACCAAAUUCAGUUUUGGCCGGAAACUUCUGAUAAAAUACCCCAAAUUCUUUUCUUUCGGCUAUUUCUCUAAAGAAGGACCAACACAGAAACAGAUGGAUGAAUCUUCUUUCUCAAUGACAUUCUUCGGGGAAGGUUACAGUCAGGGCCAAGACCCUCAGCAGGGAAAACCUAAUGUGAAAAUCUGCACACAGGUUUCAGGACCAGAGGCUGGGUAUGUGACUACUCCAAUAGCCAUGGUUCAAGCUGGACUGACCCUUUUAAAGGAGCCAGAAUCUCUUCCAAAAAGUGGAGGAGUGUACACACCAGGAGCAGCAUUCUCCAAAACCAAGUUGAUUGACCGCCUCAACAAAGCUGGCAUUCAUUUUACUGUGCUUAGUAAGAUAGAUACUUGAGUAAUACAUUGCACUAUAGCUAUCCACAUGACUAAUUGUUAUAGUACAGCACUUAGGAACCAAAUAAUACAUUUGUUUCUUUAUUCCUCCUUUGGAAAUGAUUUACGUUAUUAAAAAAAAUGCACAGUACAAUGAGAAAUGUUACCAUGUUUUUAAUUAACAACUAAUGUAAUAAAGUCUGCAUUGACAGUCUAAAAAG